AUCAAUUCGAAGCAAACUACUCUCAAGCGGGCGCCUGUCUCCCAUUGCUACAAUGGCCGCUACUCAGAAACUUUAUCCCCGAGCGACAGUGAAGCGGAUAGUCAAAGCUCAAGCCAACCGCAGCUUGAACAAAAACGCCGAUAUCUUGAUAUUUCUCGAUUACAUGCUCUUCAUGCAAGAAUUGAUGCGUGAAGCUUCGAUUCGAUCGCGCAAGGCGGGUGAAAAGCAUAUCAGCCCAAAUUCUGUUCGCAAGGUGACUGAAAAAACGUUGCGGAAAUUCAAAGGCUGAGCCGAGUGAAUCCUUUUUCUUACUCUGAGCUUUACGAUGGUUUCGAGAUUUGCGCGGCAUGGGGUAUGAUGGGUGAUAUAGUUCAGGAUAGCCGGCAUAAGGCUGGGCGCGCGGCUUCUUGAUUUCUAUCGGAAAUAUUGUCACCUUUCGAGGUAUGGACGGAGUUUAUGGCGUUAUUUAACUGUUACGAUACCCAAUUUGAUGUAUGCAUGGUGUACUUAUGCGUGGCCGUUAACUAUACAGUGUAGUCAACGACUUGGAGCUCCGCAAGAGCCUCAUCGGUGCGAAGAUGGUCCUUGUACUCAAUGGACAGCCUUAGAAAGCCACGAUCGUUCCCAAAUAGAAUAAUCAUUCCGCACACA